AUGAUGAUGAAAUUAUGCCACUCGUGGAGUUGUGCCAUGGGACUCUUUAUUUAUGUAUGAAGUUGUAGCCGGAGCAGGAACAGGAAGUUAGAAUGUGCGGUUGUGAGAUCGUCAUAUGAAGUAAAACUGAAGAUGAGGCUGGUUUCCUGGUAACAACGAAGAGGCAAGUUUUCUCUUCGAUCGCAAUAAGUUCGCGCUGUCAUUCGAACUUCGACUGCGAAGGGAAGCGGUAAAGUCGCGGCACGGAAGGGGAACAAAAACAAAUAACAUGGCGCAACUGCAAAGAGCCGCUUCUAGCGGUCGCGGUUGGCCGCGAGGGUUCAGCGCAAGAAUGCUUUUUUCUUGCGUGGUAAAGUGGUCCUUUUGCGGAUCAAGUCUCACCAAAAGUAAUUCUCUGGUUGUCUCGACCACCGCUGCUGUUCUCGAGCUAACGUCCGCUGAUUUCGAUGACACGCUCGAGUCCAGCACUCUUACCUUCGUAAAGUUCUACGCUCCUUGGUGUGGGCACUGUAAAAAGCUGAUUCCGGACUGGGACAAGCUUGCGACCGAGGUAGUUUCCUGGGGCGAAGAAACGGGCGAGGAAGGUAGCAUCAAAAUUGCCAAAGCUGACGCCACGGUGGAGAAGGACCUGGCGGGAAAGUUUGCGGUGACCGGGUUUCCCACAUUGCUCCUUUUCUACCGAAACCAGAACUACUACGUGCGGUACAACGGAAAACGGGACGCGGCUUCCUUCAAAAAAUACGUGACCGGGAAGUACGAAAAUGAGAAACCGUUUUUCCAGCAAUUUGACGCCGCCGAGGUGUCCGCAUCCGCGGUGGUCGAGAAACUGAUGAAGAAACCCUUCGUGGUUCUGCACGUAGGUAUAUGCAUUGCAAAUAUGUCUGGGUCUGGAGGAAUGCGAACUUGUCAUGCUAAAUCCGAAUCAUGCAAAAAUCUGGGUUGCGUGAGUGCCAAAAGUUGUCCACUUUCAACCAAGUUGGGAGGGAGUUUCUCAUGCAGGAGAGGCAUGACAGAGACCUCACAGACUCUGCCAUGCUAGGUUCGGCAUUCCAGACCUCAUGGGUCAUGGAAAACCUGCAUUACAAGUUCCAACCUUCCAGACCCAGACAUAUUUGCAAUGCAUAAGGCACCGAGAUCGAGCCGGAUGUGGCCGGCGAUGCAGGGAUUCAGGAGCUGGCCGGCGCGGGGUUUGUGUUGAACCCACGACCGGUUGCGAAUGCGAAGGACCAAGACUUUCCGGUUGUGUAUGUGGAAAAGGAUUCGCAGCUGCUGAAGUCGCUGGUAAAGCAGAUAAAGAAAAAGCCGGAUUGGAAAAAGUGGGACGACUUUGCGCUGAAAUUGGCGAAGGGAAAAGUCGGGACGUAUCUGCUCCGGAACGGUACAAUUUGAUCUAUCAGGGUGCCAUUGCCUCCUCCAUAUUUAUACUAGUAAUGACGCCAGCACCUACUUGAUCGCCCGUGUUCAUUUUGUACUUCAACUACUUCUGUUGUGCAACAUUGUUCGCCUGCUUUUUGUUUCUGACUAUUUUCGUAUAUAGCAAGAACAUGAUCAAGAUCAACGUAGACGUACCUUUGCACUGCGGUGAUAUCCGAAAAAGCGGGAUAUUUUAAACGUACAGAUGUAAUUCUUGAUUCUGGCGUCGUGUACCGCGACACUACAAGUCCUGAGAUCGCGGAAGAAGGAACAAGCGGUAAAAACCUUCUCUCCUGGAUCAAGGUCAACCAGGCCGGAAAGUACCUGAUUACGGCCGCGCAGGAGAACGAGUCGCUCUUCCUGCACGACACUGCGCCCGGGAAGGCGCUCGCCGUUGUGUACGGCGACGCAGCGUCCGAUGUGCACCUUUUCGAGCAAGCUUACCGCGCGGCGCAGGACUGGACUUUGGAAAAGGACAAAGCAAAGAACACGUCUGAAGACACUGCCCAAAGACAACUAAAGUGGGUGGCGGCAAAAACCGGCACAUGGGGGGACGACUUUGUGAAGCACAUUUCGAGUGAUACCCAGGCGCCAGCGUUUUUUAUCUGGGAAUUCGGUGAGACCGAAGACGAAGAUAAGGUGUUUACGUAUAAGUGUGUAAACUGCUUGCAGCUCGUUAGCGUUCUUAGGCUGAUCAGAAUUCUUUCCAACAUGUUGCAAGUAAAGGUUGCGGGUAAAAAGAUAAACCUCGUGUAGUACUAACUACCCCUCCCCUACCCCCACCCAGGUGUACCAUUUUGGCAAGGCAAACGACCCGUCCACGAAAGGCGGCAAGAAACCCCCGAACCUGAAGAAGAUCACGAAGAGCGAGAUUCAGGAGUUCGCGAAGGCCUGGGGGAGCAAGACACUAAAAGCCGAGAAGGACGUGGUGGUCACGCUGACGGGGUCCAACUGGGAAGCUAUCGUGGAGAACCGGCAGCAGGCCCUCCUGGUCGAGUUUUACGCGCCCUGGUGCGGACACUGCAAAGCCCUGGCGCCGGUGUGGAAGAAGGUGGCGAAGCACUUCGAGAAGAACGAGAGCGUCCUGAUCGCCAAGAUGGACGCGACGCAAACGGACGCACGGAAGGUAUCAACUGCAAAAAUGUCUGGGUCUGGAAGAAUGCGAAAUCUGUCAUGCAGAUUUUGCAUGACCCAAAUCGUCUGGAAUACAAGCUCUAGCAUCACAGAUUUUGAGCAGAUAUCCCAAUGCCUAAUCCGCAUGACAAAUCCCGGCUCUCGGAAACAAGAAGUGGGGCCUUUUGCUAGCCAUGCAUGACAGAUUUUCUCAUGAUGUAGACUUCGCAUCACAAAUUCGAAUUCUUCCAGACCCAGACAUUUUUACAGUUGAUAGAAGGUGAUGCCGAGCAUAAGUGGGUACCCGACCAUCUACUGGUACCCGGCGGAUAAAGCGAAGGAUAUCGAUAUCAUUUGUAAAAACGUCCCCACCCCAGAGUUGUAAUGCAAAUCUGCACGCUGAGCAUGUUUCUCAUGCGGAGACCCAUGAGAAGCAGUCUCUAGUCGUGUUUUUGGAUUUGUGAUGCUAGAAUCAGCAUGAUGUGCUAGAUCUGUGAUGCUGCUAAACAAGCUAAACAGGAUUACACUGCGAGGCCAAAUUUGUCAUGCGCAACAGCAAAAACUGAUAGAUUUGUCUAGCAGAUUUCCCAGCUUAACUCUGGUGUGGGGACGUUUUUACUCAGGAUAAUCGAGAAGUUCGAGGGGGGCCGGAAACAGGACGAGUUCGUCAAGUUUGUAGAGAAGAAAUUGCAGAACGAAAAAGUUGUAGAGAGCAGUACAAAGACAACGAAAGGGAACAUCAAAAGUAAAACAAAAGCAGCGAAGAUGAAAAUCGACGCCGAAGCGGAGACCACCGCAGAAGAUGACGAUGACUUAGACGACCUAGACACCGACGAUAGUGGCGACGACGAACAGGCUCUGCACAAGAAAAUGGCGGGAACCAAGAAAACUUCGAAUUCCGAAAAAAACCUCGACAAGAAAAAAGCCGCAGAGAUGAAAAAGAAAGUGGCCUCUGCUAGUACUCCUUCUGCGCCGGCCGUCGCCCCCGCUGUUGAUUCGACAACUGGGUUGAUUCACCCGUGUCCCGAUAAUGCCGACUUGAACACGUGCCAGACCUGGUGCGAGGGAGUUAUGGGCAAGGGCAACUUCCAAAUGUCGCGUGGCGGCGCGGCGUGCACGGAUACGCCCGAGCCACCGGAGGUUGGGCCUAGUUGUAUGUGCUACGACAAAGCCAUGCGCAGACCGAUGGCGCAGUGCGUAUCCAAGUGCACAAAGGAGAUACCCGGGAAAGAUAAACCAGAAAGAAGUACUAGUACCAGCACAAGUACCACUUCUACCGCGACAUCUUCUACUUCGGGAAAGACGAAAAAACCUACAGCAAUAGCGUCGAAAGCUGGAAAAGAAGGCAAGAAAAAGAAGAAGAAAGAGCCCGCCGUGUUGGCCGACGACCAAGCGGGGCUGGACCACGUUUUAGACGCGCUGAAAAAUCCGCCGACCAAGCAGAAAGACCCAAAGGCGAAGGAGACGGACACCUUGGGAACGAACAAGGUAAUUCUCCACGAUAGCGGCAGCGCUGCAGAUGAUAGUACUGAUGCAGCAGAAACGGACUCAACAUCUACCACCAGCAAGAACCGGCGCUGGCUCUUGUAUGACACGAAGUAUGGCGAGGGGUUUAACCUCCAGCGGGAAGUGUUUCCCCGCGUCGCGCACGCGGUGGCGAUGCUAAACUUUCGUAUCGAAGACCGGUGCGGGGAGUCGGGUUCCCUCGGGAAGACCCCGGAUUGCGUCCUGUGGGGGAUUGUGCUGCCCCCCUGGUGCCGGCUGGCGCACUGGCGGAACUACGACUUGCCCAACCGCCUGCAGAAACUACCCUGGGGCGAACUGUUCGACAUUGACAUGUUGAAGCAGCUGCCAUUCUCCGUGAUCGAGUAUCACGAGCUGUCCCAGCAAGCGCUGAACAAUUCCAACAAAAUCGACCGCGUCAUUUUCUACGACGUUGAGCAAAGGUACGGGAUGAUUUCACCCGGGAAAAACCCCGGGGACGACUUUGUCGGGUGGUCGCAGAACGACUACACCGAUUGUGACAAGGCAAAGGGCGGUAUGAUCCGAGUGCACAGGAAGAUCUUCCCCUCCGUCGUCAACUCGAGAAAAAUCGUGAAGAGGCACGAACAUAGUCGACGUGCCUAGUACACUUGAUGUGCUGCUCAAGGAGCUCAGGAGUGCUGUGGCCAUGUUUGUUGCAUGAGGCGCCCGGCGCCAGAGCUGCAGGUGGAUGGCGCUUCUACAAUCUAUCCGUGCGUCUGUGCUCUUCGUUUCUUUUCAUGCGAGAGCAGAUUUAUUGUAUCACUCUUGGCUUUCUAUCUUGUCCUUGUUUCGCUUGCUUUGCAUUUCCUGUAAAAAUUAUCGUGAAGAAGGGCGAGGGAGUAGGUGUUCUACUACUUCUCUCUGAUAACCGGAGUUGUGCAAGACGUGGAAAAUAGUGAGGAGAAAGACGAAAAACGGGUCGUCUAUGCGGGGUAUUGCGACAAGGGGGUCGUGACGACGAAUGUGAAGUGUGGGAUCAUCAAAACGCCGUUCGCGCAGGGCAUUGUCGACAUGCUCGACGAUGGCAACAAGGACGUUUCGACCGUGCUGAUCAAACACUACGACUACUUGGCGAUUCCGGACAUCUCCGCCUUGGACGGCAUUGGCUUACGGGAGUCGGUCCAUUUUCACAAAGAUCUGCGAACCAUCGGGGAGGAGUUUAUGCGGGAAAAGUUUGGAGGUAUAGAGACAUGCGACUUCAUGAUCAUGUUCAUGUUCAUGUGAUGAGCUGAUCAUGCUGUUAUCUUUUUCUUUGGUGCACGAAGAAAUAUUGAUGCAACAACAGCUGUACUUCAAAAAUCUACGACACUAGUACAGGUACCAAGUUUAUUGCCGCGCAUUGUCGUCGGUCAGAUUUCGUCAAGUCCCGGGCCUCGACCACAGCUGACUGGGAUUCGAUCGUGACGCAGCUGAAGGCGCUGCAGAAGGAGACGAAGUUGCAGAAGAUCUUCAUCGCGACCGACGCCACCAAGGCGGAGAAGGAGGAGGCCAUGCUGCUCUUCAACGGUGAGGACGUGUUAGACAAACUGGACGAAGAGGAUAGCGACGCGGACGCCGGUGGAACAAAAACAAGCAAAAAAACCAAGAAAACCGCGUCCGAUCUGGUGUUUUUCGACUACCAGGAAACCUCGGACGCGCACCGGGAAACGCUGCAGCACCCGGGCAAGCAGAGCAUCGUCGAGAUGUGGAUUGCGAGCCGGGUAUCAAAUGGAAAAAUCCCCCCACCCCAUAUCGACACCGAAAUUUCUGAUGCGGUAUUUGAGUAAGUACACAAAUCGACUCGUAAUGCUAGAAGGCCAAGAGCCGCAGUCGUGGCCUCGUUUGCAGGAAAUUUGUCAUGCUGUUUCCCACUUCCAGUUGCUUUCUGUCAUGCUGAAGAUGCAAGGCUUCCCCACGCCACCCAGCACUACAGUCCGCAUCUUUUCCCUUCUAGCAUCACAAAGCUGAUUUGCGACUGCAAAUCAGCAUCACAGAUUUCCGUUUUGAUAUGGCGCGGGGGGAUUUUUCUUCUUGAUACCGGGCGGACUUUUUCAUCGGCACGCAGGAAUCGCGUUUCAGCAUGGCGAUCCAGCUGGAGAGGAGCUUCCUCGAAAAGCCCUACAAGAAAUCCAACCGGCAAUUUGCCAAGCAGGCUGGGGAAAAGCAGCCCAUGGCCUCUGCGAGAAGAGACAUGGCCUUGAAUGUGUGGCGGACGCCGAAGGAAAGAGAAGAACUGUGAACUGUGAAUAUGAAGAACGGGAUCUAGUAUGAUCUUCAUCAUACUCAGGAUCUUCACUGUAGUCGUCCCUCUACUGUUCACAGUCGUCCCUCUACUUUUGAAAUGUAUGCGGAAGAGACCGAUCAUGAAUGUCAAAAAGCCAUCAAAAACUGUUUGAACAUUUAUCCAUUCAAAAAGCAAACGCAUAACUCGUGAAAGAGAAGAAUGAAUCGGAGCUGCGUACUUGUAAGUGCUAUGCAAAGACUCUCGCUUUUCAUCCGAAUGAUAUACAAAAGACGUAUUCAGA